GGGCUCAAAGGAGGUAUGUUUCCCCCACUUGGAAAUCUCACACAUCUCACCCACUUGAAUCUCUCAAACAAUUCACUUUACGGAUCACUUCAAACUGAAUUCUUCUCAUCCCUGAAACAUCUUGAGAUCCUUGAUUUGAGUUAUAACCUUCUUUCUAGAGAACUACCACUUUAUCUACCAUCCAGCAGUAUCAAGAAACUGGAUUUGUCAAGCAAUCAGUUUCAGGGUGCAAUUCCAUCUUCUUUCUUCCAACAAACUAGGAAUUUGAUUAGUUUUAAUGUCAGCAACAAUAUUUUGUCAGGGCCCUUCCCAUCCUCUAUUUGUCUCAAACAUUCUUCGCGCUUGACUAGGGUUUUGAAUUUUUCUUCCAAUAAAUUUAAUGGCAGCAUUUCACAAGGACUAGGGGAGUGUUCUGAACUAAGGGUUUUUCGUGCCAGUCAUAAUAACCUCUCAGGGUUUCUUCCAGAAGAUAUCUAUAAUGCUACCAAACUAGAAGAACUAGCAUUAGCUCUCAAUUCACUCUAUGGAGCCAUUAGUGAUAGAAUUGUCAACCUCACAAACCUUGCAAUCCUUGACCUCUAUUAUAAUCAAUUGAGUGGUGUCCUCCCUCUCAAUUUUGGGAAGCUGUCCAAGUUGAAACUACUGAACCUUGAUUUCAACCAUUUAGAAGGUGCCUUGCCCCCAUCUUUGAUGAAUUGCACAAACCUUAUUGAAAUACAUCUAGCAUCCAACAACUUGGAAGGAGAUAUCUCCACACUUAAUUUCUCCAAACUUAGUCAACUUAGUAAAAUUGAUAUAUUUAUUAACGAAUUCAUUGGUAUCUUGCCAAUAAGCCUUUACUCGUGUCGGUCUUUAAAAGCCAUUCGAUUGUCUGGAAAUUAUAUAGAGGGACAAAUACAGGCUGAGAUUCUUUCAUUGAAAUCCUUGUCUUUCCUCUCUCUUGGUUUUGACCGAUUAACCAAUGUCACAGAAGCAAUGAAGAUACUAAUGAGUUGCAAAAGUCUCCAUGUACUCUUCCUUACGAAUUCCUUUGAAGGUGAGGUAAUGCCAGGUUAUGAUGACAUGGUUGAUUUUGAUGGGUUCCAAAAUCUUCGGUACUUGAGUUUGGCCAAUUGUCAGCUCACUGGUCAAAUACCUGUAUGGUUAUCAAAGCUCAAGAAUCUAGAGAUCUUGCAUCUGGAGAAUAAUCAAAUCACAGGGCCAAUUCCAAGUUGGUUGGGGACUCUUCCUAGACUUUUUUCUCUAAACUUGGCAGGUAACCGAAUUUCAGGUGAAUUUCCAAAGGAACUUUGUGGACUACCAAGAUUGCUUUAUGAACCUUUUGAAGAAGACACUUACGAACUUGAAUUGCCUCCCCUCGGCCACAAACCCGCAAAUCCAACUUUUCUACCGCGCAGAUUGUCUUUCAAUCCAGCAAUGAUAGACCUAUCUCGCAAUAACAUAGAUGGUGAUAUACCUAAUGAGACCAGCCAAUUGCACCUUCUCUGCUUGUUGCUUCUUCACUCUAACAGCUUCUCCAGCGUCAUUCCAAACCAAAUAUCUAACCUUAAAAAUUUAGAGGAGUUAACCCUCUCCAUGAAUCAUUUGUCUGGGAAAAUUCCAUGGUCAUUAACAGCCCUUAAUUUCUUGAAAAAAUUUGAUGUCUCAUACAAUAAUCUCGAAGGACCAAUGCCAACAAGCACUCAGAUCCAAAGCUUCGAUGCUUCUGCAUUUGAGGGGAACCCAAAGCUUUGUGGUGCCCCAAGUCUAAAUAAGUGCGAAACAAAUAACACCAUUGAUGCAGAUGGUAAGAACAAACAUGCGGGCUAUGGGCAUCCACAUCAACUUCCAUGGUUUUAUAUUUCUUCUGUUGUGCUAGGGUUCAUAGUGGGAUUUUGGGGAGUCUGUGGUUCUUUAAUUAUUAAGAAGAGAUGGAGGUAUGCAUAUUUUGGAUUCAUAGACAAUGUACAAGAUAGGCUCUAUGUGAUGAUGACAGUGAGCAUGAACAGGAUAAAGAGAAGGCUUCGAGCCUAG